UCAGAGGGCGAGUUGGGGCCGCGUGUGUAUUGUUUAAACUGCCCAAAGCUGCCGAACCAACUCCGCCAGCAGACUUCCAUACAGAGAGCCAUGGCGGCCGCCGUGUCCGUUAGCAGAGCAGCCCGAGACCCCGAGCCCUUUCCCGGGGCCGCCUUCACCAGCCGCCCGCUGCCCCAGCAGCCCGACCCGGCGGAGGAGGCGGGCAGGGAGGCCGGGGCGGAGGACUCCCCCGCCGCCAGCAGCGACGAGCUGGCCCCGCUGAGCCCGGAGGAGAUCCAUAAUCGAUUGGAAAGAACUCGCAGAGAGUUUUAUAAUCGGCGGAAGAUCAUUAUUAAGAGUUUACCGGCUGAUGUGACAAAUCAGGAAGUGCACGAGCUGUUGAGCAGCUAUGAUCUGAAGUACUGCUUUGUGGACAAAUAUAAAGGAACAGCCUUUGUGACGCUCCUGAACGGCGAGCAGGCCCAGUCCGCCAUCCAGGAGUUCCACCAGUACGUCCUCCGGGACCGGGAGAUCUCCGUUCAGCUCCAGCCCACCGACGCCCUGCUGUGCAUCGCCAACUUGCCCCGGGCCUUCACCCAGCAGCAGUUCGAGGAGCUGGUCCGGCCCUUCGGGAACCUGGAGCGCUGCUUCCUGGUGCACAGCGCCGCCACAGGACACUCCAAGGGCUACGGCUUCGUGGAGUACAUGAAGAAAGACUCUGCCGCCAGAGCUAAAUCUGAGCUGCUGGGGAAGCAGCUGGGCUCCAGGAUGCUGUACGUUCACUGGACCGAGGUCGGCUCUCUCACUUUCCCCAUGCUGCACUCGCGCUGCCUCUGCAUCGACCGCCUGCCUCAGAACCUGCUCACCGCCCAGGACCUCCGCACUGCCCUCAGCCACACCCCCGCGCCCGCCUUCUGCCAGCUGGCUCAGGGACAGGACGGCAGCUUCAGGCGUUUUGCUGUUCUGGAGUACUCCACGCCGGAGAUGGCUGAGGAGGUGCAGCGGUUAACUGAUGGAAGGCCUCUAGGUGGCGCUCACAUCCGUGUCUCCUUCUGCGCACCAGGACCACCGGGACGGAGCAUGCUGGCAGCUCUCAUCGCCGCCCAGACCAUGGCGUUGAACAGGGGGAAGGGUCUCCUGCCUGAGCCGAGUGCGAUGCAGAUCCUCUCUGGUCUGAAUAAUCCGGCCACCCUGAAGAUGCUGCUGGCAUCUCUCAACCAGGGACACAAACAAGGUCUGCUGGGUGUGGCUCCGACGAUGCCGCUCCUGGCUAACCCGGCUCUCUCGGCGGCUCUGGUUCAGAUGCUGGUUCAGAAUCAGGUUCAGCAGCACGCUCUUCUAGGAAACCCUCUGCUCUGGGCUCAGGUUCUGCACAGUAAAGAAAGUCGGCUGCUGCCCUGUGCUGGACUGCUGGGGGAGAAUCCACUGACUGCUCUACCAUUACAACAACAACAACAGCAGCAGCAGCAGAGCCUGAACGUACUGGGAGAUCUACCUCACACCGUGCAGAACCUUCUACAGCAGGGUGGUCUGGCUCCAGGUCUGAACCUGCAGGCUGAAGCUCUGGGACCCAUAAAGUCCUCGUCUCUGAGCCGGACGCUGGGGAGGGACCCAGAGUCCCCGACCACCCCGGUCCCCUUCCCCCCAAACCAGUCCCCUGCUCUGCAGGGUCUCAGCAUGCCUCUACUGGGGAACCUGCUGGGAGGAGACGUGGCGUCUUUACUGGGAGAUCCACCCAAAGAGAUGGGAGUGUCCUCAAACCCGUUUCUGAGCGCGCCCAGUAUAUUCCCCUCCUCAGCUGCCAGCUCCAGGCCACACCCCUACAGGAAGAGACAGACGAUGGGCGGAGCUUCAAACCAGCGGCCAAUCCAGAGCAUCCACUCCAGUUACAGCCUGCGCUGCCAGGACUCCUACACACCUGAGUUCCCCGCCCUGCACCAGGACCCUCUCUCUCAGCUGUAUGAGCAGCAGGACAGUCUGGACAGCGCAGGACUCUCAGUCUAUGGAGUUCAGCACUCUGGACUCUCCAGCUUCAGCGAGAGGGCGUCGCCCUUCAGCUACCCGCCCAGUCCCCCAGGCUCCUCCUACUUCAGCUUCGGCGCUCCCGGCAGCGUUCCCUCCGCCCACCUGAACAAGGCUGUGGGAAUGCCUCCAGUGACCCACUCCAGUCUGUUCUCCGCUGCUCCCGGCACCGGGCUGAAGACUCCGGUGGGGGGGCAGAAGCGGCUGUUUUCGCGGUUGAUCCCGUCUCCAGAGCCCAGUCCAGAGGGAGGGUACGUGGGGCAGCACUCUCAGGGUCUGGGGGGUCACUACGCCGACUCCUACCUGAAACGCAAGCGCAUCUUUUAACCCCGGCUCAGCGGCGCCCCCCUCAGGACCCGCCACAGCACCCCCGGAGGGGCGGAGCCUGCCCUGGGCUGGGAGGAGUCCUGGAGCUCAGCCAGCCUGUGUUUUUUGCAUGCCAGUCAAUGGGAGUUCUGUUUGUGAAUAUGAUGAUUUUCAGUGUGUCUGUAAAUUAUUCCUUUUUUCCUUUUUUUUUAAAUUAGCUUUUCGUUUUAAUUUGCAUUUUUAAGUUGAAUUUUUUUUCCGUUAUUUGCGAUGACAGCAGGUACCUCACACAGGAAAGAUGAUCCCUUUUCUCUGUUGGUCUCAGUUUUUGUUUUACAGAUUUGUUUUUUAUUAUUAUUUAUUAUUUUUUCCUCUUUUCUCUCUUUUCUCUUACUCUGUUGGCUCGUUUUUUGUGUAAAUAGUUGCGUAACUUUUUUUCUUGAUCAGACUCCUCCCUGCUCUGCUUUCCUCUAUAUAUAUAUAUUGUGUUUAUAUGGGUUUAGGAAAGCGAGGCAGUCUCAGCUCAGCCUGUUUAAAGUGGUUUAAAGCUGAUCUCAGACCUGCAGGAACAGAGUAAAGGUGAUUCAUGUUGUCGCAGUGUUUUGGUUUGCAUAUCUGCAUUUAUAUAUCAGUGUUUUUUUUGUUUGUUUUUUUACAUCAGACGUCCUGCUCCGCCUCCCUGCCCCCCUGUCACCAUGGCAACGGGUCCCGCAUCCCUCCAUCCAGUGUCCCGCAUCCCUCCACUCGUCCCGUGCCCCUCCCACCCCCCCGCGUCCCGGGUUUUUCUGCACUGGUUUAGUUUUUGUUUGUGUUGCACUUGAGGGAUGUGAUUCAGUUUAAAAUGAGCUUCCUCAGCCUCUUCCUCUUUCCUCACCUGUCAGAUCUGUCUCUUCCUCCUCCUCCUCCUCUUCUUCCUCAUGCUCUGUUUAUUCCCUGUUUGUUCAGUCUGCAGUUUUUUGCUGUUGCAAAAUGCUUGGCCUCUUUGCGUUUGUUUAUGUGGAGGGAUGAUGCUGUUUAAUGAUCGAGCCCCGAGUGCCAUACAAAUAUUCACUGGAUAAUUUCCUUCUUAUACAUAUUUUAUUUAGCAGUAGUGAGGGUGCUGAUAUUUAGGAAGUUGUGCCGGGUGGUGGAUGAGCCCUGUCCAUUUCAAACCUGCCAUCUAACCAGUCACUCACUUCUGUUAUAUAUAACCUAUCUUGCAGUAGCACCCAGGUAAUCCAAACUAUUCACUGGCUAACGUCCUUUUUGGUGUAUAUAUUCUAUCCAGCAGCAGUAGUGAUGCUGGGUCGUGCCUGGUUGUCACCGUGGCUUGUGCCGGGUCAUUUCUGGUCAAGCCAGGUGCCUGAUCAUGCCGUGCCGGGUGCCAUCCACCCGCUCACUCAAUAUAUCCAGCAGUAUUGAGGGUGCCUGAGCAUGUGUGCCUGGUGCCUGUUUAGGUGAGCCAGGUAUUGGACAAGCCCUGUCCAUUUCUAACCUGCCACCUAAUGAGUCACUUACUUCUGUUAUAAAUAAUAUAUCCAGCAGUAGUGCCGGGUGCCCAGUUUAAUCCUAACUAUUUAGUGGCUUCCUUUUUGUAUACAUAUUCUGUGCAGCAGUAGUAGUGAUGCUGGGUCGUGCCGGCUCGUGCCUGGAUUUGCUCAGCCCGCCUUGUUGCGGCGGUUCGUGCCGGGUAAUUUCUGGUAAUGCCGUGCCGGGUGCCAUCCACCCGCUCACUCAAUAUAUCCAGUAGUAAUGUGGGUGCCUGAGCAUGUGUGCCUGGUGCCUGUUUAGGUGAGCCGGGUAUUGGAAAAGCCCUGUCAAUUUCAAACCUGCCAUCCAACCAGUCACUUACUUCUAUUAUAUAAAAUGUACCCAGCAGUAGUGCCGGGUGCCCAGAUAAUCUAAACUAGUCACUGGCUAACUUUCUCUUUUUUGUAUAUGUAUUCUAUUCAGCAGUAGCGCUUAUGCUAAUGCUCUGGGAGCUGUGCCGGGUCUCCUGGCCGCGCCGGGUUGUGCCGGGUGCCAUCCAACCAGUCACUCCCUUCUGUGCUGGAUUGCCUGGUCAUCCUUCAAUCACUCACUCACUUAUUAUAUAUAGAUCUAUAUCCCCAGCAGUAGUAAUGAGGGUGGCUGGGCGUGUGUGCCGUGUGCCUGUUUAGGUGUGCCGGGUAUUGGACAAGCCCUGUUUUGUUUCAAACCUGCCACCCAACCAGUCACUCACUUCUAUUAUAGUUAAUAUAUCCAACAGUGGUGCCGGGAGCCCAGAUUAAUCCUAACUAUUAACUGGCUAACAGUAGUGACGAUGCUGAUGUUCAGAGAGCUGUGCCUGGAAGUGCCACUCCAGGUGCCUGGUCAAGUUGUACUGUGCCAGGUUGCCUGGUGGUCUGGUUGUGCCGGGUGCCGUUCAACCACUCACUCACUUCCGUUCAGAGAGCUGUGCCUGGUGGUCCCCCGGUCACGCCUGAUCGUCUGGUUGUGCCGGUCGUGCCGGGUUGCCUGGGCGCCUCAUGGUGCCGGGUUGCCUGGUCAUUUCUGGUUGUGCCUGGUCAAACCAUUGUUUCAAACCUGCCAUCCAACCAGUCACUCACUUCUAUCAUAUUAAUAUGUCCAGUAGUAGUAGUAGUAAUGAUGGUGGUAUCUGGGUUUUUUUGUUUUUUUUUUAAGGUGCCUGGGCGGCUGUGCCGGGUGCCUGCCACCUGUGCUGCCACCUAACACAGUACACCCCUCAGUGGAGUUGGUGCUGUUUCCCUGCAGGUCAGCAGAGGGAGCAGUUUAUCUGCAGCUCAGUUCCGGAGCAGGACUGAACUCUGGCUUUAACCUGAUGUUUAUUUUAUUAUAAUUUUAUUUUUAUUUAAUUUCUUUUUCUUAUAGCUGUAAUGUAAAUCCUCCUCCUCUUCCUGUUGGAGCUCGGUGGAGGCGGAGCCGUCACUGACUGGAAUAUACUGUGAUUGGUGUAUAGUUUGAGUACCAGAUCUGUUUUUUGAUUUUCCUUUUUUUAUUUUUAUGAUUCUAAUAUAAUUUGAUUUGACAUUUUGAUUGUGAACACGAUACCUCUGGCUGGUGCUGCAGCUCGUGAUGAUGGUGAUGAUGAAGGUGGAGCUGUAUUUAAUGUGUGUGUAAUUGCUGUGUAAAUACUCUGCGUGGUGAUUUACUCUUCUGAUCUCGUCUCUUUUUCUCUCUGAUUCUGUACAGAGAUUUAAAAUCACUGCUCUGUGUGUUGAGUGUGUGUUGUUGAGUGUGUGAGUGUAUGUGUGUGUGUUUGAGUGAUCUAUAACGCAGUGCAGUAUCUGAUCUGGUGGUAAUGAGUUAUGUAUGGGAGGUGUACAGUGAGGUUAUUCAUCAUUUCUCUCUUCUGUUAUUAAUCUGCUCCUUCCUGUCAUCUGUGUUUCAGCAAGUAAAUGUUAUUUAAGUUGA